UCUCUUCACCCCGGGCCCGUGGCUUGCCACCGCGUUCUCGAGCGUGGCGCGCUCCGCCUCUGAGGGAGUGGGUGCGGGCUGACCGUGCGAGACCCCGCCGGGUGCCUCAGCCAGCAGCGAGCGGAAGCGGCCCCGGAGCGUGGCUGAGUGCUCUCUGUGCGCAGGCGCGGACCCCGCUCUCCACCCCUCCACCGCCCCCCCCAAUCCCCGCCUGCGGGGGCUGCGGCCGAGGCCGGGCGUGAGGAGCGGCCAAGCGCGCCGCGGGCGGAUGGAGGCGCUUCCCCGCCGCGCCUGAGCCGGUGCACAGAAGGGGCCGCGGGGCCGCGCUCUCCCCGCCAGAGCCGCAGCAUGGUUGACUAUAUUGUGGAGUAUGACUAUGAUGCUGUACAUGAUGAUGAGUUAACUAUCCGAGUUGGGGAAAUCAUCAGAAAUGUGAAAAAACUACAGGAAGAAGGAUGGCUAGAAGGAGAACUAAAUGGGAGACGAGGGAUGUUCCCUGACAAUUUUGUUAAGGAAAUUAAGCGAGAGACAGAACCCAAGGAUGAUGGUUUGCCCAUCAAACGGGAAAGGCAAGGAAAUGUAGCAAGCCUUGUACAGCGAAUCAGCACUUAUGGACUUCCAGCUGGAGGAAUUCAGCCACAUCCACAAACCAAAGCUAUUAAGAAGAAGACAAAAAAGCGUCAGUGUAAAGUUCUUUUUGACUACUCUCCACAAAAUGAGGACGAACUGGAAUUGAUCGUGGGGGAUGUCAUUGACGUCAUUGAAGAGGUAGAAGAAGGCUGGUGGAGUGGAACCCUGAACAAUAAGUUGGGACUGUUCCCCUCAAACUUUGUGAAAGAAUUAGAGUCCACAGAGGAUGGUGAAACUCAGCACGCUCAGGAGGAAUCAGAAGUUCCUUUGACUGGCCCUACCUCACCGUUGCCAUCUCCGGGGAAUGGGAGUGAAUCUGCUCCCGGAUCAGUUGCACAGCCAAAGAAAAUCCGAGGAAUUGGAUUUGGAGACAUCUUUAAAGAAGGCUCUGUGAAACUUAGGACAAGAACUUCCAGUAGUGAAACAGAGGAGAGAAAAACAGAAAAGCCUUUAAUCCUACAGCCACUGGGAUCUAGAACUCAGAAUGUGGAGGUAACAAAACCAGACAUUGAUGGCAAGAUUAAAGCUAAGGAAUAUUGUAGAACAUUAUUUCCCUAUACAGGAACCAAUGAAGAUGAACUUACAUUUAGAGAAGGGGAGAUUAUCCAUUUGAUAAGUAAGGAGACUGGAGAAGCAGGCUGGUGGAAGGGUGAACUGAAUGGUAAAGAAGGAGUGUUCCCAGAUAACUUUGCUGUUCAGAUAAGUGAACUAGAUAAAGACUUUCCAAAACCAAAGAAACCACCUCCUCCUGCAAAAGGUCCAGCUCCAAAGCCUGAUCUGUUAGCUGCAGAGAAGAAAGCUUUUCCUCUAAAGGCUGAAGAAAAAGAUGAAAAAUCACUGCUAGAUCAGAAACCUUCUAAACCAGCUGCUCCUCAAGUCCCACCCAAAAAGCCCACUCCACCCACCAAAGCCAAUAACUUACUGAGGUCUCCUGGAACAGUGUACCCAAAGCGGCCAGAAAAGCCAGUUCCUCCGCCACCUCCAACAGCCAAAAUUAAUGGAGAAGUUUCUAUAAUUUCUUCAAAGAUUGAUACUGAGCCAGUAUCAAAACCAAAGCUAGAUCCUGAACAAUUGCCAGUUAGACCAAAAUCAGUAGACCUUGAUGCCUUUGUAGCCAGGAACUCAAAAGAAACAGAUGAUGUAAAUUUUGAUGACAUAGCUUCCUCAGAGAACUUGUUACAUCUCACUGCUAAUAGACCCAAGAUGCCUGGAAGACGAUUGCCUGGCCGCUUCAACGGUGGACAUUCUCCAACCCAAAGCCCAGAAAAAACCUUGAAGCUACCAAAAGAAGAUGAUAGUGGCAACCUAAAGCCUUUGGAGUUUAAAAAGGAUGCAAGCUACUCUUCAAAGCCAUCUCUUUCAACACCUUCAAGUGCUUCUAAAGUAAAUACAGCUGCUUUCCUAACUCCGUUAGAACUCAAAGCUAAAGCAGAAGCAGAUGAUGGGAAAAAAAAUUCCGUGGACGAACUUAGAGCCCAGAUUAUUGAAUUAUUGUGUAUUGUAGAUGCACUGAAAAAGGAUCAUGGGAAAGAACUGGAAAAGCUACGCAAAGAAUUAGAAGAAGAGAAGGCCAUGCGAAGUAAUCUAGAGGUGGAAAUAGCAAAGCUGAAGAAAGCUGUUCUGUUGUCUUGAGGUGGUGUGGACCCAGUGUUCCUAAUGAUCCAUGAACUUAACUGACUUGUUAAAGACAACAGAUAUGGUGGUGUGAUGAAGAAAUAAGAGGACAUAAACUGUGACAUCUACCGUAAAGUGGGGGUGACAGGUUUUUUUUAUAUAUUUUGUUUUGCCAAUAUGAAAAAAAAGAAGAGGCCUUAUUUCUUACUGUGCUGGGAUUGCAAACAUUUCUAUUGUUUGCUUAAAUACUACUGAAUCUGUAUAAAAAGGAAAGAAAGUUCAUAAUAAUUUUUUUAUUGAAACUUGUAUUAUUUUUAAAGAGUUCUAUACUAUAAAUAUCGUAAUAUCUUUACAAAUAAGCUGUAAGAUAAACUAUUUGAGAAGGACGGGUUAGCUUUAUAGUAGAGUCACUGCUUUCCUGUACUGCAUAGGGCAUGACCUUGUAUACAUACACUACCCCCCCCCCCACACACACACACAAACACACACACACACACACACACUUUCCUUUUAGCUUCUUACCCAGGAUUACACUGCUGUGCCUGUUUGUCUGCAGUGCUGUUUGUACAUUGGGUGAUAAAAUAGGAGUUCCUAGUUACUAGGUACCUCACCCGUGCAUAUUUAAUCAUUAAUGAAAUAAUAACAAUAAAUCCAACUUCUAGAGUGUUCUAUAAUGCUCACUAUAGGAUUCAUUAAAGGAAGCUAGUUAAAUUGUACUGGAUUAAUCUUGAGAAAAUAGGAGCUUUGUUCUAAAUUCAUGUGGCCUAAGGGAUCUAAAACUGUCAUGCUAAUUCUUAUUUGUGCCUAGACCCCGCAGCACAUGUGGAAUAUGUAAACACCAGCCAUAUUAUUGUAUUUUUAUGCUCAUUCUACAGUCUUAAAUAUUACUCAUUUCAUUAGCUUGUAUUUAAUUCAUUGUACCCUUCCUUUAAUUUUCACUGGUGAUAAUCUUAGGAAACAAACCUAAACCCAGAUAUUUUCAGAAUUCCAGAAUGAGGUUCUAUAUUGGAAAGCUAUUGUGUAAACACUCAGGUUUUACAGGCAUAAUUUAUCUAAUAGAACAAACUAAGUCCUAGAGAUAUUUUGGACUGUUACUUAGUUAAAGUGAAAAAGAGUAUUAUUAAUUGACCAUAUUGACGAUCAUUCCACAAUGGAUGUUGAGCCAUUUAUUUAGCAUCACAGUCAACAGUUGAACAUCUUAGACUGGCUCAGCCACUAUCAGGGCAGUAUGGCUACAGACCAAGUGAACAUAAAAAUGUUGUAUCUGUAGGGCGACAUGUUUAAAAACAUAAAAGUUAAUUUUAAAAAGUGAAAUGUUUUUAUUUGUUAAAAAAAAAGUUAGGUUUUAAGCUUUACUUUAGAAAAUGAAUGUCAGAUUGUAAAUUAUCAUGCUUAAAAAAACAAUACAUUUUAAAAAAUUUUAAAGUCAGAUUUCUUGUGUUACUUCAAGUAAAAUAGGACUGAAGUAGAAAAUAAUAGAAUGCCAGCACAAGGUUACACUUGAUUAGAUUCUGGGGAGAGCUGAUUGUACAUAGAGUGUACAUUUUAGGUGUUUUGACACAGGAACUUAUAUAUAUCCCAGGCUGGACUUAACCUUGUGAUAUAGCAAAAAUUGUCUUAAACUUCUGGCUUCCCUGCCUCUGCCUCCCAAGUGCUAGGAUGACAGGCAUGCCCAGUGUGCCUAGCCUUUUUUAACCAUUUCAAGUCUGAGCUCAUCUAAUGAGAGGUUAGUGAUGAACAAACUUGCUCCAUUUUAUUUUUAAGUGAUUAGUCAAUGAAAUAUUUGCUUCUUAUUAAUGUAAUGACAGUCCUCAGAUGACAGGGGCCUCACCCUAAGUUUCAUCUCCUACUUCCCCACAUUCCAGAAAUGAUCUCCUGCAUUCCCAGUGGGAGGUUUGUCUCCACCCAUACUGCUGGGAGGGAAAGGUCUAAUAACAGUAAAAAGUAACAUACACGUUCAACAGUACGGGAGUCCUAUGCUUUCCGGACAAAUAUGUAGCCCAUAGAUACUAGUUAAAAAUGUAAGAAAUUAGAAAAGCAGAUAACUAACAGAAAAACGAAUUUAUGUGUUAUAAACACAAGUAAGAAAAACAGAAGCACAGCCCCUUAUUGUAUACUAAGUUUUCCUUUGCAGUUUGGCUCCUUCCUGACCCACUGUGUCACUAACCUGACAGGCGAUCUCAGCCCCAGGAGCACAUGUAGUUUAAUGCUUGUAUGCUAUUUAAAGGUUCAUUUGAGUCACGUGUAGUGAUGACAUGCCGGUAACUUGGAGAUUUGGGGAGAGAAACCAUGAGUUUGAGACCAGCCUGGGCUGCAUAGGGGCCCUAUAUCCACAAGAAAGGAAACAGCGUUCCUUUGGUGGUGGUGGGUAUUUUUAGUCCACACAAUCAGAGUAGCCAUGAGUCAUCCCUACACACUUUUGCCAUCUCAGUCAGAAUAGAGAAGUCAUACUGUCUGUUUUCUAUAUGUCUAUUUUAUGCCCUUUACAAAAUAGUUCAGAAAAAAACCAAACAAGCUUGAACUUAAUUAAAGGGAAAAAUAAUUCCUUUAAAAGAGUAAUUUGCCAGUAUUUGCCCUUGAUAUGGGAACUUUUACUAUUUCUAAAGUUAAAGUCAGAAAAUGAUUAACAACAACAACAACAACAACAACUUUACUUAGAGGUAAAUCCCUCUUCCCCCAAUAUUAGUAUAAAAGACAGCAUUGAAUCUGUCAUUGCCAAAUUAUUAGUGAAUGCAUAGUGAAUGUAUAGUUCAGAUUUGCUGGUCUUUGAAACACAGUACUCCUAAGUUUCUAACAGGAUUUCAAUGUUAUUUUGGUGUGUUUGUGACCACUGAGCUUGCUUCUUACUAUAAAGGUAUUACCUCUAUACAGCUGUACAGGACUUCACAGAAAAUCAGAAGAUGCAAAGAGAGUGGGCCCGGUCUUAACAGAGGACUCCUUACACUGCUAACUGUGAUCACAGACAAGAAAUACGUUCCGAAGUGCUCUGUAGAUUUUUUGAUGAAUGUUUUAUGCUUGCAUUUAAACUUGAAAUGUAUGAGCAGAAUGAGACAAUCUUUACAAUCAGAAUUGAGAAGUGUUACAAUUGAAUGGCCUUGUGCUGUAGCAAUAAAAUGACCAAGUGCAAUGACUUUAAUAAAAUCAUCUUUCAAACGUUGCUGCUAUUAAUAUUUUUAGUUAACAAAAGUCUGUUGUUUAGCCUACCUUGCCUUCUGUUUGUUAACUGUUAUGUGAUACAGUUGAUGUUUUGACAAUCUAACAUUCCAAAGUCCACAUAUAUAUCUUAAAGUCUUAGAAUAGUGUAUUCAUUUUUUUUACAGGUGCUGUUAAAAAAGGAAAUGAAAGCAUGCUUUUCCCUCAAAAAGAAAAAUUAAUAAUAAAAGAGAACUGUGCUGCC